AAAUUCUAGACAUCUUAGCAUCAGUAGUCUUCUUUCUUCCCAAUCAAUUAACUUCCAGUCAAUUGAACUCACCCUAAACUUGUUUGACCGCUUUGUGGUUCCUGAUCGCACUUGAUCUAAGUUGAUUGAUCUUUCCAUAUCACUCAAAAAACGAAACUAUAGGCCAAGAAGAUGGACAAGCUCCUCUGGGCCCUUUUGUGUUGCGUGGUCUGGGCUGAUGCCCAUCGACGAGGCCCCUUCCUUAAAAUGUUUCCGGAGGCACCCACUCACAAUCCUCCUCAAAAUGAAACGGGUCAGCCAUUGUUCCUUACGCCACUCAUUACCCAGGGGAAAAUCAAGCAGGCUCAAGACAUGGCUCGAGUGGGUUCGCCCAUGAAUGAUUUGGUCGAAAGCUAUUCGGGAUACUUCACAGUCAACAAGGCAUCAUGUCAAUCCAACCUCUUCUUCUGGUUCUUCCCGGCUGCCUACAAGCCCGAAAAGGCACCAGUACUACUUUGGCUGCAGGGUGGACCCGGUGGAUCAUCAAUGUUCGGUUUGUUCGUGGAGCACGGUCCUUUUAAAGUGACCCGAACUAUGAAGCUCGAAGCUAGAGACACGGCUUGGUCACUGACCCAUAACGUGAUCUACAUUGACAAUCCUGUGGGCACAGGUUUUAGCUUCACCGGAAGGGACGAGUGCUACGCCCGUGAUCAAACCAAUGUGGCUGAUGAUUUAUACGAGGCCUUGCUACAGUUCUUUCAGUUGUUCCCGCAGUACCAAAAAUCCGAUUUCUACGCUACGGGAGAAUCUUACGCUGGAAAAUAUGUACCUGCUAUCUCUUAUAAGAUUCACACUGCCAAUCCAGCCGCCAAGCAAAAGAUCAAUUUUAAGGGCAUGGCAAUCGGCGAUGGUCUCUGUGACCCCGUCACUAUGACCAACUACGGGGAUUUCCUUUUCGGCAUUGGUCUCAUCGACGAGGAGGAUCAGGCUUAUUUCAAGAAGGUCUCGGAGCUUCAGGUCAAGUUAAUCGAAUCUAAAGAGUGGGUCCAAGCGUUCCAAACCUUUGAUGACCUUUUGAAUGGCGAUCUAAGUGGACAUCCCUCGUAUUUUGCCAAUGCUACCGGGUUCAAUUACUAUUUCAACUACUUGAUGACCUCUAGCCCGGCGGAAUUCAGCUAUUUUGGCAAGUUCAUUCAAAGCACCAAAGUCAGAAAAGCAAUUCACGUGGGAAACUUGACCUAUAAUAACGGAUUGGCGGUGGAGAAGCAUUUAAUGGAAGAUGUUAUGAAAUCAGUCAAGCCUUGGAUUGAGGAGCUUCUUGAGCGCUACAAGGUAAUCAUUUAUAAUGGUCAAAUGGAUGUGAUCAUUGCUUGGCCUCUAACCGAGAGCUUCAUCACAUCAAUGAAGUGGAGUGGAGCUGAAAAGUAUCUCAAAGCCUCCAGGAUCAAAUGGCAUGUUGGAAACGACUUGGCGGGUUAUGCCAAACAGAUUGGAAACUUCACUCAAGUGCUGGUUAGGAAUGCUGGACACAUGAUUCCCUACGAUCAGCCAAAAUGGGCCUUUGACCUUAUCAAUCGGUUCACCAGAGGCAAAGAAUUCAAUUAGGUUACCUUUGAUCAAGUGAUUUGUCUCUUUUUACGCUUUCCUGUAUGCCUCAUAAGGUAAAAUACCCAUAAAAGGUGUCUUUCGACCAAAAACCUUCAAAUCGUGACGUGAGCAAGCAGACUGAACCAAUCAGAUUUAGGCAAGCUCUCUUGAAAUCUGAUACCGAUGCCGUUUACAGAAGAAAUUUCCCAUGGUCGAAUGAUCGAGGGUGUGAGAGUCCAAAACUGGGUGAAUGCGUUUGUUGCGUCUCAAUUUUGCAACGGAUUCUGAUUACACGUUUGCCACAAAGGGGCUUCUUGUUUGUUGGAAAUAUAGGGCUAGUCAGAGAAGCGACACUCACGAGA